AUGAACUGUCACGCAAACACAAGUUGUGACCACCAUGAGAUAUGUUUUGUGACAGAAACCAUUGACAAUAACUUUAAUCUGGCCUAUAUACUUGGAUGUGUGGCUGAGCAGGAAUGUUCGGAUAUUGCUCCUAAAAAUCACUUCAGAAGAAGCUUAACUCGGCAGUGUUGUAGCAAGAAUCUGUGUAACAAGCAAUAUCCAGGAUCUAUCACAACCACAUCACCCUACCCAACAACCUCAGCCCAACCCCCAACAUCCACCCAGAUGACGACACAUCAUACUAAUAGUCAUCACGAUAGCUGUAAACAUGGCCACACUUUCAAUGGUUACUGCUAUAUCUCGUCGGUACACAACGGUAACGAAAAGAGCCAAACCACUAGGCAUGAGGCAGAUACUAUUUGCAGACAUAGUGGCAUGACCCUAACGAGCAUACACUCUCAAACAGAGGAGGACUUUAUUCAUAGAAUUAUGACUGGACACGACUUUUGGAUAGGCCUCAGUAAUGAACACUGGGACGAUGGAACUCUGUUUGACUUUCAUAGCCACCACUCUGUCUCCACUAGAGACUGUGUCGUCAUGGACAAACACAAAAGCUGGCGGGCGGUUGGAUGCAAUCAGCAUCAUUUCUUUUUAUGCAAAAAGAAACUUCAUCAAAGUGCUUAAAUCUAAUUAAAGAACUGUUAAAAGAACUUUUGUACCUUUUUCCAAACGCAACUACUGCCUGGGGUAAUAUGCUUUCUACAUGACUGUACAUUUGAUAUGAA